GCCCAUCUGGACUACUCUAUCUUCUACCUGUUCAUCCGCGCGCUGCAGAUCUCGGAAUGUCGCAUUUUAGUGAGGCCGAAAUUGCUGAGUUCAGAAAAAAUGCCAAGAAGGCGAAAGAGACGGGCGAUUAUUCCUGGUUGAACUCACCGCCGUAUGAUAUGAGGUUCCCUAAUGUCAAUCAGACACCUAACUGCAGACAGAAUUUCAUCGAUUAUUUCCGUUGUAAAAGACUGUACGGUGAGGAUCACAAGCCUUGCAACUAUUUCCGCAGGAUAUACCAACUUAUCUGUCCUUCCAUUUGGAUUGAAGAAUGGGAAUCUCAGCUUUCCGAUGGAACGUAUCCGUACAGGGACUUGAUCAACCGUUAACGAUGAACUUCACUAAUUUUCCAUCAAGUCCAUAGUGUUAGUGUUUGCUCCCCUUCCAACGUUUUAAAAAGUUCAAGGUUCGCAUAUGUAACCUGUUUGAAGUUAAUAGCCCUUUGUUUCCUAUUCCAUCUCAUGCGUUUUGAGUCUUAUCAGACCACAUUUCCUAACUUGAGUUAGCCAAUAUCUGAUUAUAAUUCACUUCGGUAUAUGAUUAUCUCCCUGCGUCUUUCCGUGCGUGCCGGAUUCCCAUACUUCCGAAAUUCCUGCGGUCUUCGCGCCUUGAUUGCUGCACCCUCAAUGACUGGUUUUCCUGACUACAUGAUCCCCAUUAAAUCAUUUUGGUAGUUACCUUCUAAAUACUAGUCAUACCGAGUAAGCCUGUGUUAAGUCAGACGAGCUCGGUUCGGGCACCUGCGCAUACAUUAUGGGAUGGAUCGCUGGUGAAAACCGUUUACGAGCAGUAUGUGUGGCGGAGCUGAUUUAAAACACGAAUGGUAGAG